UAUAGCAGAGAAGUUUAACUACAAAAGUAGAGCAGUCAACGAUUGCCACGGAAAACUUACAUUCAUUUCUGAGCUGACCACUGAAAAAUAUUCAUAGAUACAUUAUGAGCUGGCAAAAGAUGUUUAUGUUUAUAACCGUUGGCCUAUGUAUAACUUUGGUCCAGGCCGAUGGUGAAAGUCAAAAGGGUGCGUUGGUUAAGCCCUUAGAAAAAAUCAGUUUAUUCGAGCUUUUCUCUCGAUCGGCCGAUUUAAUUUUACGCAAUCCCGAGGGAAUUACAAAGUGUACCGAGGAUUAUAAAGAGAAACUUACCGAAAUCACUAAGGAAUAUGAGGAAGCCAAUAAAGAAUGUAGUUCAAAGGCAAAUUCGAAGAGGGACGAAGCCGAAAAGGAAACUGUAAAUGAUCAAAAGGAUUUCGCCAAGCGAACCGAUUCAGUCUGUGAAAAUGUGGGGAAAUGCAAAGAUAAAAAGUCCUCUCAAGCCAUACUAGAAUGCUUUGCCAAUGAGGGAUCAGAAAGUUCUAAGGCCUUAGGUAAAGUCUCCAACGAUGCUAAGAAGAUUUCGUUAAACCUUAAUGAAACUCUGCGCCGUAUUGACAGCGAGGAGAGGACUUGCAUGGCUGGGAAUAAGCUAAAGUUUGAAAGCGCAUCGGAAAAGGCUACAGAUGAUUUGAAUACUUGUAUGUUUGAAUCCCUUAAUCCACCUGUAGUUUGAGAUAACGUACAGCUCGAUAUCUUAUAGAAAGUCUAAGUCAGCCAACUAAGUAAAAUAUCAGAUCUGUGAUUUGUUAUUGUUUUUUAAUAAAACUUUUUAAAUAUAAACAUAAUAAAUCAAUUAAUUUUGAUACGUGAUAAAUAAAUAUAAAUUUGUUUGUUUGUGAAUGAAAUUCUCACAGAAUAAAAAGUUUGCCCCCCCC